AUGGCAGAAAAUCCUUCUCCUUCGAUACUUAUUGACAAAAAUGUUUCGAAGGAGCUUAGUACCAGGAUCGGUAUCGAAAAUCUUGUCACUAAAUAUGAUGUUGCUGAUAUCAAAAAAGAUAUACCACAAGUCAAGCGAUUUGCAUUUGAUAAUUUUAGUCCAUCAAUACAAGAUAUUGUUUCUAAUGAUGAAGAUCGAACUAUUUCAGCUGGAAUUGACUAUAUUUUUGGAGAACCAUUUUUUAUUGGCGAAACUUAUUCAAUUGAAGGCUACAGUAAUACAGGAAAAACGAGACUAGUUGUUAAGGUAGCAACAGAAAUUGCCAAAUCAUCAAAAGUUUUGUUUAUUGAUGCAGAUGGAAACUUAUCUUCACCAAUAUUAGCCAAUAUUGCUUCUUCUAUGAAUGUUAAUAUUGACUAUCCAGUAUACAGAGAUCCAAGAAUACCUCCUACAUCAGUUUCCGCUUUAACAAUUGUAAAUUGUUUAAAUCACCCUGAUAUCAUCAAUUAUAUCAACGAAUACCUGCAGCACUCUACUCCAGAACUAAUAGUAAUCGAUAGUCUCCUCUCUGUCUUCCAAAAUGUUGUUGGAAAAGGCGCUCCUGGUUCUGCACAAUUGGAAGAACUUUCUUUGGAACUUAAAUCACUAGCAAAAAGUAAAGGAUGCGUUGUUAUUGUUACAAAUAGCAUUAAAUCCCCUCAGGGAACUCCAGUUACGUAUUUAGGUCCUCAAUACGCUUCAUUGUGGCAUAACAGACUGAUUCUGGCUACAAAGAACAAUGUCGUUGCAGAGUCAAAGUUAAUUUGUUCACCUCGACUCCCUUUGGUCGAAAAACAGUUCUAUUUAGAAGAUAUGAAAUUAUGUGAGACAUCUGAUUAA